AUACUCUUAGCACCAAUCACUUUCGUCGGUGCUGUCGGCAACGUUUUAAGCAUCAAAACAUUUUUCCGCCUUGGAAUCUCAGACGGCGUGAAUCUGUCCCUGCUGUCGUUGGCAGCGUCCGAUCUCUUCUACCUCAUCACAGCGUUGAUCACCGCCAUCAGCUUGAUGCUCCUUGGUGUGGAGGAACUCUCCGGUUACAAAGUUCGUUUCGCCCUUGACCCGGAAGCGGUCUUCAUGACCUCUACACACUCCGGAAGUGGCUUCUACGCCAUCUCGAUGCUGGUGACGACGUUCAUCACCGUGGUUCGAUGUCUCGCCGUUGCCCAGCCUUUAAAAUACAGAAAUUUGAUCUCAAGGCAAACCACCACCAUCAUCAUCUCAUUGUUUACCGUUCUGUCUGUAACAUCGGCCGUUUUAACGUUGGCUUUCUUGGGUAUUCUCCAUCAAUUCGACUCUAAAACCAACACAACAAGUUCAUCACUGUGGCUGUCGCCACAACAAGCUAUAAUCAAAGACGUCAUUUUUGGAAUAAGAGACGUGAUCUUGCCACUGACGUCUCAAAUAAUAGUUGGUGUUUGCGUGGUCAUCAUGGCCAGAUACCUCCGGAAAGCUUCUAGUUUUCGUAAAACACUUUCUAGUAAUAUUGCUAUGGACACUAUAACAAGUAUUUCUCUGAUCGCAGAACCCCUUACAAGAAAUAACAAUCCUGCAUCAGCCAAGGUGGCUGGCAAAGAAAUUCAAGUUGUUCAACAGAUGCUGCUCAUAGCCGUAGUCUACAGUUUGUGCAACAUGCCAAAAGUCGUCUUCAAUAUGACACAAAUUAUUUUGCCCGAAUUCUACAGGGGUGGCCGCUACAGUGCUUUGUAUUCAACAUUCAACAUUGUAAGAGAAUUAAUUCAGUCGGUGAAUGCCAGCGUGACUAUUUUCAUUUACUGGAAAUAUAAUUCAAAGUUUCGGAAUCACUUCGUUCUUCAACACUGA